AUGGGUUUCACUGGAAAGCUUGAAAAGAAGACCAGGACUUGGAGGAUGAACCUUUAUACGCAAAAGGCUUUGGCUCUUCGUGCAUCAGUCAUCACCUUGGCGGUGGCCUUGAUAUCGUUUCUCGCUCUUAUCAAUGACGAAGAAACUCCAUGGGGGUGUUACGUGUGUCCUACAGUUGUCUGCUUACUAUGGUCUAUAUGGAUUUGGUACUCUGCUUCAAGAAUGACACCAUCUAAUCUGAGUAAUUGGUCACCACCAAAGUAUCCCAACAUUUUUAUGUUGAAGAAGGGCUUGGGUCAAGCUAUGGCGUUAAUCUUCUUCAGCUUCUUGGAGGAGAAAAUGAAGGGCAAGAAUGAAGUGGUGGCAUUCACUCUGAGCUUUGGAGUGUAUCUCCAUCUUCUGUUGGUGAUGGUGCUAUUUGAAAUCAGGGAAGAUUUUGACGUUUCAGCAGGAUUUCUCGCAGCCAGCUUUGAGCUAUCGUUCCAUUCAUCAAAAGAUUGGUCAACAGCUGCUUUGAUAGUUGUCACAUCGAUUCUGUGUGCGUUGAAGAACAUAUACAUUGGAGGGAGGAGUGUAGAGCCGCUUAGAACAAAGCCUAAAAAGAAACGUUGGGGAUCUGAUAUGCGUAAUCCCUUCGGAAUGGAGACAAUGGUGGUGCCCUCAACAGACCGUUAUGAGAGGAUGUUAGCCAACAGCAGAACAAUCUUCUACAGUAAUGGAGUCUUGGUUCUAUUUGGCGCACAAGUUACGUUGCUGAUAUCUUUCGGUUUCCUCUUUGCAAUCCUAGUCGAGGGCAAGGCAGAUGAAAAUUUCUGUAUCCUAGCGAUUACUGGGAUUGGGUGGAUGGUCUACUUCUCUUGGGACUCUUCCAAGCGACAAGAGUAUGUUGCAGACGAAGACGAAGGUGAAGAAGAAACUUUGCACAACCUGAAUAUUCUCCUAAAGAGUGUAGGACAAGUUUUGUGUCUAUCUCUCUUUACUUUUCUCGAUGGAUAUCUAGAGAAGCCACCCAUAGGUCUGGUCAUUGGGUUUUGUGUAGGCGCAUACAUGCAUCUCCUUUUGGUGAUGGUCUUCCUGAGGAUCAAGGAAGAUAUGGAUUUGGUUGGUGGUUUUGUAUCUGCCGGCUUUGGACUCUUCUUCAAGAUCGCAAUUGGAUGGGAGAACAAGGUCCCUUUGUGUUUGGUGACUGCGAUAUUAGUAUGCUUGAAGAACUUUCUAAUCGGAGGCAAAGUAACACCCGCUGUGGAUUGGAAUGCACUUCCAAAAACAGAGUUGUAUGAAUGA